UUCAGUACGCAAAAUGUUGUCGACGCAGUUGGGUGGGCCACGAAAGCUGAGCAUUCGACUAUUAAAAGUCGAGAGGGCCUUAGCCACAAAGGGCACUGGAGCUGCUAAAGAUGCCACGCCUCUGGAGCAAUCCAAGCCCUACUCGGAGCUGCCGGGUCCCAGUAAAUUAAACUUUGUGCGAUCUUUCUUACCAGGCGGUCGCUAUAAGAAUGUUGCAGUCCAUGAAAUGUUUCUGGAUAUGAAUAAGCGCUAUGGAGACAUAUUUCGGAUGCCUGGCGUGGCUGGCAGGGAUGUUGUGAUUACCUUGAAUCCGGUAGACUAUGCGACGAUCUUUCGCAACGAGGGACAGUAUCCCUACAGGCGUAGCUUCGAGACCCUCGAGUAUUAUAAAAAAGUCCACAGACGCGAUAUAUACGAGGGCGCAGAUGGCUUGACUUCUGGCAAUGGCCCAGCUUGGAGCAAGAUGCGCACUGCCGUUAACCCGAUUCUGCUGCAGCCACGGAAUGCCAAGCUAUAUAUAAACAAUGUACUCCUGGUAAAUGAUGAGUUCCUGCAACGCAUUCGAGCCAUUAGAGAUCCGACAACUCAAGAGGUGCCCGCGGACUUUGGCGAAGAUAUUCGUCGUUUAAUCUUGGAGUCCAUUGGCUCUGUGGCGCUCAACACGCGCCUCGGCCUGCUGGGUGAGAACCGGGAGAGCGAGGAAGCAAAGCAAUUGAUUCAAGCAUUGGAAAAUAUACUUGAGCUGAGCUUCCAAUUGGACAUUAUGCCACCAAUUUGGAAGUAUCUGCCAGUGCCCAUGUUCAAGAAGCUGCUGCGGGCAUUGGACACGAUCACAGACAUUUGCUAUAACCACAUUCAGCAGGCACUGCAACGCAUCGAAGAGGAUGCGCGGGCUGGACGUCUUGCCACUGAGCCAGGUCAAGAGACAAGCAUAUUGGAGAAACUAGCGCAAUUUGAUCGCAAGGCGGCAGUAAUUAUUGCGAUGGACUUGUUCUUUGCCGGUGUGGAUCCAACACUUGUCAGCUUAACUGGAACUCUGCUGAGCCUUGCCAAGAGUCCCGCAAAGCAGGCCCGCUUACUGGAAGAGAUUAAGGGAGUGCUGCCUGAGAAGAACUCCUUGUUGACCAUAGAGAAUAUGGCGCAUUUGCCCUAUCUGCGCGCCUGUAUCAAGGAGGGCAUUCGCAUGUAUCCCAUCGGACCUGGCACUUUACGCCGCAUGCCGCACGACGUGGUCCUAAGUGGCUAUCGGAUCGUGGCUGGCACAGAUGUGGGCAUCGCUGCCAACUAUCAAAUGGCCAACAUUGAAAAGUUUGUGCCGCGGGUGCGCGAAUUUUUGCCGGAGCGCUGGCUGCGCGAUGAGUCCAACUCGAAUCUGGUAGGUGACACGGCCACGCCCUUCAUGUAUCUGCCCUUCGGCUUCGGACCGCGCGCCUGCGCCGGCAAGCGCAUUGUGGACAUGAUGCUGGAGAUAGCCGUAGCCAGGUUGGUGCGCAACUUUGAAGUGGGUUUCGACUACCCAAUCGAGAACGCCUUCAAGGCCCAGUUCUUUGUGAAGCCCAACAUACCGUUCAAGUUUAAGUUUGUAGAGCGCUCUGUGUAAUUUCUAUAUAUAUAAACUGUUUAUCAAUGAUACCUUCAACAUGUCGCAAGGAAACACACUGAGCAGCUCCUUCAAAGCCAGUAAACGACUUUCAAGAGUUCCGGGCGGUCGCAUGUGUUCUCGUCCAAGUGUCCCCUUCAGCUAAGCAUUACAGCGAGAACAGCAGCUACUUGACUCAAUUGAUAUUGGGCGCUGCCCCACAACACAUCGCCAGCUCCUGUGGAUCUGUCAAGUGCACUUGUCUGUGCCCGCAAAGGAACAAGCACUUGACUGCCUUUCGAAUGUUAACGUGUCUGUGACGUGGCGUAUCAUGGGCUCUGCACUCUGUGUAGCAGCUGUUAGAGCCUGAUGAAGAAUGGUUAACGAUUUGAGUUCAAGUACGAAACUAUGUGUCAAUGCACUUCAGUUAUGCUAAAGAGGGGAUUAUACUAAGCUCUGAUCUGAUCGGAUUGGAAGG